GGCGCGGUGACGCACUCAACCAACGUGCAGUGAUUUUAAACUGUCGGAAAGUGACAAAAGUAUUGCAGUUUGCAACGAAUGUUCAGCCAAACUGUCUCGAGGAGGUGCCUCAGCAAAGACCUUCAGCACUACUGCAGCAGCUGAAAGGAGAGCUCGUCACAGCACGAGAACGACCACCCCGUCCGUGGCGGACGUCUUGAGAGGACGAAAAAGUUUGCGACUGACAGUGCCAAAGCAAACGGAAUAACAAAGAAGGUAAUGGAGUUUAUGAAUUGGAUUUAUUAAAACCACUUGGAGACAGUGAAGUGACGCGCAGAGAGAAAAAGAAUGCGCACCACAGAGGCAGCGCGUGCGCCCUCACUCUCUGACAUGUUUGAAGAAAUCCUCCAGGAAAACGACUCAGAUUCCAGGCAGACGAGUACGGGUGCAACUGCUCAACAGCUGGACUGUUACCUGUCAGAAAUCCUCAUCCCCAGGAGUGACAAUCCUCUAACAUAUUGGAGGACUAAUCGAGACCGCUUUCCUGACUUAGCACAGAUGGCUCGCAGGUACUUGUCUGCUCUAUGCACCAGCACAGACAGUGAGAGGCUGUUUAGUGGUGCAUCCAAUGUCCUUGAUGAGAGGAGGAACAGACUGACAUGUGACAAAGCAGAGAAGCUAUUGUUCAUAAAGAAGAACCUGCCACUGUUCCUGAAGGAAUAGGCUAAGUAGACUUAUGCCAAAAGGACAAUGGUUAAUUUGUUAUUUGCACUUAGGUUUUUUCAAUGCACUUUAAUGCAUGAUUUUCUUGGAAUGUCUACAGCAGGGGUCAACAUAGGUUCAAUCAUGGGCCAGAUUUCUUAACCUUUUUUGGGGGGUUUGAUAUAUAGGCACAGUUGUUGAUGUUUUUGUCUGGCAUCUAAGACAAAAUAAAAUGGUUUUAUACAUAGUUAGUUUCCUUCUUUUUAUUUUGAAGCUGAAGUACUGUUAUUGACAAAUCUAUUCUUGCCUGGUAUAUGUUGUGUACCUGUAUAAGUGUAUGAGGUUACAAGCACACACUUAUUGAGAUUUAGUGGGGCCUCUGUUUACAUUAUUAGCCUGUUGUGUAGGCUACCUGUAUACGUUUAUGAGGUUAAAAGCACACACUUAAUUAAGAUUUACUUGAGCCUUCUGUUUACAUUAUUAGCCUGUUGUGUAGGCUACCUGUAUAAGUGUAUGACGUUACAAGCACACAGUUAUUGAGAUUUACUUGAGCCUUCUGUUUAUAUUAUUAGCCUGUUGUGUAGGCUACCUGUAUAAGUGUAUAAGGUUACAAGCACACACUUAUUGAGAUUUAGUGGGGCCUCUGUUUACAUUAUUAGCCUGUUGUGUAGGCUACCUGUAUAAGUGUAAGAGGUUACAAGCACACACUUAUUGAAAUUUACUUAGGCCUUCUGUUUACAUUAUUAGGCUGUUGUGUAGGCUACCUGUAUAAGUGUAUGACGUUACAAGCACACACUUAAUUGACAUUUACUUGAGCCUUCUGUUUACAUUAUUAGCCUAUCUACUGUGACUAAGCAGACUUUUGCCAAAAGGACAAUAAUUCAUUUGUUGUGGGUUAAUCCACAUUAAUGCACUUAAUUUUUUGGGGGAGUGCAUGUUUUGUUUGAAGGCCUAAUAUAAAUGAAAAACUUUGUGCUUUCUUUGAAAAGCAAAGGCUACUGAAAUAUUGAAAAAGUGUCAAUAUUCAAU